AUCUUAACCAUCAACAUUCUCUCUCUCUAAGAAAACCUAAUCAUAUCCUCUCUCAUCCUUUCAUCCUGUUACUGAUUCAAUCGAUAUUCAAUCUCUGAUUCUUUGUUAAUAAUGGCGGAUCGAUCGGCGAAAUCGAGAACUCAACCGAGUCGUUUACAGCGGCGAGCUCCGGCGUCGAUUCAGGUAACUCCGGUGAGUAACUGGAACGUUGCGAUUCCGUUAUUAUCUCCGUUAGCUACGUCACCUGACGUGAAGAGAAAUUGUGUUGAUAUUAGUGACGAUAAAACCGUGGCGGAGCCGGAGAAGGCUCCGGUUGUGUGUAAACAGUGGCAACAUCCGGCUGCUCCGUUUUAUUAUGAGCCGGCGCCGACGUUGUUGCAAUCGAUCUGUAGUGGUGGUGUUGAUAGAAGUUGAUUGUUGAUUGAUAGAUUUAGUAGGUUUAGGUUUUGUGAUUGCAACGUGUAUUUUGAUCUAGAAGUUAGAUCUAACGGUGAAUGAUUAUCAGUUUUCUCCUGUUUUUGAUUGAUUUGUUUUUAAUAAGUUAUGAUGUGGAGGAUAUUGAUGUCUGCACUGAUGAACACUGGUUUGAUUGUUUAUUAUGUGAUUAGUAUUACUAGUUAGCU